UGUAGACUCUCAUUAUUUAUUUGGAAGAACAAACACUAGCUCACAUUCCCUCAUACACACAGUUUCUGAAAGAACAAACCUUACAAUGCCUUGGUUCCUUGUAAUUCUGUUUCUCAGUCUCACAUUUUGUAAUCUUUCAGAGGCUAGCCAUGACAAGAAGCUUCCUUCUGCUGUUGUGGUUGGCACUGUCUACUGUGACACAUGCUUUCAACAUGAUUUCUCCAUGGGGAGCCAUUUCAUUUCAGGUGCAUCAGUAGCUGUAGAAUGCAAAGAUGGGAAUUCAAAGCCAAGAUUCAAGAAAGAAGUGAAGACAGAUGAACAUGGGGAGUUUAAAGUGAAGUUGCCUUUCUCAGUGAGGAAACAUGUGAAGAGAAUGAAGGGAUGUACUUUUAAAUUGAUAAGUAGCAGUGAGCCUAACUGUGCUGUGGCUUCAGCAGCUACUUCUUCUUUACUAAGCCUCAAGUCAAGAAAGAAUGGAGAACAUAUAUUCUCAGCUGGAUUUUUCUCAUUCAAGCCUAUAAAAAAGCCAAACUUAUGUGACCAAAAACAAAGUAUUCCAAACUCCAAGGGACAUGGUUAUGUGAAAAAUGAACUUCCACCAAAUAUACCAUCAUUAUUUCCACCUCCAAUUGGUGGUCUUCCUUCCCUUCCUCCUCUUCCUAGAGUACCUAUGCUUCCACCUUUGCCACAAGUCUCUCCUAUGCCACCCUUUCUAGGAACACCACUCUUACCACCACCAGUCCAAGGAAAGACUAAAGGGUCCAAUCCAACUAAAACUUCAGACAUAUCUGAAGAUUUCUUUUUUCCUCCAAACCCAUUUCUACCACCACCUAUUAUCCCUAAUCCAUUUCAGCCACCUCCCCUCAUACCAAACCCCUUUCAGCCACCUCCUCUAAUUCCUAACCCUUUCCAGCCACCAAGUCCACCACCACUUAUCCCUAAUCCAUUCCAGCCACCAAGUCCACCACCACUCAUCCCUAAUCCAUUCCAGCCACCAAGUCCACCACCACUCAUCCCUAAUCCAUUCAAGCCUCCCCCAUCAAAUCCACCACCACUCAUCCCUAAUCCAUUCCAGCCUCCCCCAUCAAGUCCACCACCCUUGUUUCCUUUCCCACCAAUAACAAUACCAGGUUUAACUCCACCACCACCACCACCUCCACCACCACCAUUUUUCCCCUUUCCUUUCCCUCCACUCUUCCCUCCACCUCGCAGCCCUGGCACACCCCCUACUUCUUCAAAGAAGACUUUUCCUUGAUUAAAUAGAAUAUAUCAAUGUACAAUUCUCCUACAGUUCCUUCUACAUGAUGAACUUAUUUGCU